AAUUGAUCGGCACCCUUUUGGCUAAAUGAGUAUAAGAGUCAUUAUAUCGGGUGUUCGAUCUCAAAGUGGACUUUGACUCGCUUACCCGGCAUGCCUUGCACGUCGAAGGAGUGACUGUGUUGAAUCGGCUUCGCUUGGCGUUCGCUGUCUCCAAUCGUGUCGCUAAUAUGCAUUUUUAUCGCACGAAAUAAGGCUUAGGGGACUAUAAUAAAUCAAAAAAAGUGACAUUUUUGUGUCUUGUCGUGUGCUCCAAUGAUGCCUCUCUUCACGACGAACCCAUUCGACCAAGAUGUUGAGAAAGCAACCAGUGAGAUGAACACAGCCGAGGACUGGGGCCUCAUCUUGGACAUAUGUGAUAAGAUAGGACAGCAGCGCACUGGGCCUAAAGAGUGUCUGCGCUCCAUUAUGAGAAGAGUGAAUCACAAAGACCCUCAUGUUGCCAUGCAGGCGCUCACUCUUCUGGGUGCAUGUGUCUCCAACUGUGGCAAGAUAUUCCACCUGGAGGUAUGCUCCAGAGAGUUUGCCAGUGAAGUCAGUAACGUCCUAAACAAGGGCCAUCCUAAAGUGUGUGAGAAGCUGAAAGCGCUGAUGGUGGAGUGGGCAGAGGACUUCCGUAAUGACCCCCAACUGAGUUUGAUCUCGGCUAUGAUCAAAAAUCUACGCGAGCAAGGGGUUACCUUCCCUGCAGUGGGCUCGCAGGCUGCAGAGCAGGCCAAAGCUAGUCCUGCAUUAGUGGCCAAAGAUCCCGUAACCUCCUCAAACAAGAAAGAAGAAGAGGACUUGGCCAAAGCCAUUGAGCUGUCAUUGAAGGAGCAGAGACAACAGAACCAGACGUCCUUGUCCAGCCUCUACCCGAACACCUCCAGCCUCCUGCCCUCACACAAGUCUGACGGCAGGAAGGUCCGUGCCAUCUACGACUUCGAGGCUGCUGAGGACAACGAGCUCACCUUUAAGUCGGGCGAGAUCAUCACCAUCCUGGAUGACAGCGACCCCAACUGGUGGAAGGGGGAGACAUACCAGGGGGUGGGGCUGUUUCCCUCCAACUUUGUCACCGCUGAUCUCACCGCAGAGCCUGAGAUGAUGAAGACAGAGAAGAAGACAGUGCAGUUCAGCGAGGACAUUCAGGUGGAGACCAUCGAGCCUGAGCAGGAGCCAGUUUUUAUUGACGAGGACAAAAUGGACCAGCUCUUGCAGAUGAUUCAGAGUGCUGAUCCCACAGACAACCAAUCAGAUGCGGUUGAGUUGCUGCAGCUGGAAGGUGCCUGCAAUCAAAUGGGACCCCUCAUUGACCAGAAAUUAGAGGACAUAGACAGGAAACACUCGGAACUGUCUGAGCUCAAUGUGAAGGUGAUGGAAGCUCUGUCGUUGUACGCCAAGCUCAUGAACGAAGACCCCGUCUACGCCAUGUACGCCAAGCUGCAGAGCCAGCAGUACUACAUGCCGCAGCCGCCCGCCUCGGCACAGCAGGUGUAUCCUGGUCCCGCAUCGGGCGCGUACACCUUGAGCGGCAGUGCGGUGCAAGGCUACAGCAUCCCCAUGGAGCAGAUGCAAGCUGGAGCCCCAAUACCUGGACAACCUGCCCCCAGCGAUGUACACAUGUUCAUGGGUCAGCCCGCCGUCUACACUGCCCCCGCCCCUGGCAGCAUGGCCCCUGCAGACGCUCACACUUACCAGGUUGGCGCGGCCGGCCCUCAUCAUGGGACGAACCCACAGGCGCCUGGCUACAGCGCCGCCUCGGGCCAGAGCAUCAUGACCUCUGCAGAGCCACCGCCCCCGCAGGUCCCCUACUCGGAGAAAGCCUUGCUAUAGGACACACAUAGUAGUACUGCAACCUCAUACAUUUCUUUUUGGGUUUUUACAGCCUCUUAACAUGAAAGGAACAAUAGUCCUCACUUAGUUGCACUUUUUUUUGUUGUGUUGUUGAGCAACAUGUCAAGUAUAAAUGAGCUCAGUGUGCACACACUCCAAACGUGCAACAGCUUUGUCCUCACUACUGUGUAACCACAUCAAACAAGGGUGGCAUUGACUUACUUGCUUUACGGACCUCCAGUGAACAUCCGCUACAUUCUGCAGACAAGUUCUGUUUUGUUUUGUUGAAGUACUGAAAACUGACGCCACUUUUUGUUGUUUUGGGAGACAAAGCAUGCACAUGACUCUUGUAUAUGUCGUACUAAAGGCCCCCCUGAUGACCCACGGUGGCCAGAGCGCACCAUGGCAACAGGAGCCAAACCAGAACAAAAAAGCAUCUCAUGUUUUGUAGAGUAUUUAAAUGUACAUCUUGAUUGUUCUGUUUGAAACAUGGACAAGGAGGGCAGGGUGUAUGUAUUCCGGAGGACCAUGCCAGUUGUACAUCUUUUUCUCCGUGCUUGUCGUACUGUAGGGUCAACCCCAAAGGAAAGCCCCCCCUCAUGCAUUUCAAAGCUGCCCUGGUCGGACUAAACAUCUUCUAAAGACACGUUCCGUCACUUCCAGCAUUUGGAACACUACUUUGUCUUUAGCUUCCACCAGUGACAGCACGAAAAGGACUACAGUUGAUUUGAAAUCAGUUUCAUUCCUUUUUUUGAUUUGUAGCAUUUAUUUCAAGGCUAAGAAAUUGCCAACAUGGGGCAUUGAACUGGAGGCCCAAGGGAAGGUGCUGCCUACAUUAUUCUAAAAGGUGUACCCUGCCCUUUGUAACGCUUUCUUUUAACCAUAAUUCAUCAUCAAUUGGCAUUCACAAUAAAAGUAAAACAGGCCAAAUGUCCACAACUGGGCUCUUAUUUUGUAAACUGAAAACCGACUUACACCUUGAUUCUAAUACGAUUAGCAUCAAAUUACUACUCAGGGCUGGUUGUAUGUUAGGAACAGCAGUAGAUGUUACAUACCAGUGGUCUCUGUUCUUUUUCUUGUUCAACUGACACGAGUAAUUUCCGUUAUUGUACAAGCACCUAGCAUGAAAUAACGCAUGUCAUAUUGGUGUCACACAGGAAUCAAACCCUAUGAGGGAUUUGAAAGGCAUCAUAAGUGUCAUACUCUGAUGAGUACACGUCCAGUCAUGUGAUGCUUAUUUUCCAACAUUGUGUUCUAAAAUAGGUUGAAUAAGUCCAAUUUGACCGAACAAAGGGGUCACAAAUAAUGCAUCCUAGAUCUGAAUGAUUGAAAUAUUCUUAUUAAAUACUAAGUUCUUUAUAUAUUAGUGAAUCAAAUGGAUUUAUUUAUUAGAAUCACACUCAAAAUUGAAAGGGGAACUGCAC